GCUCUCGCUCGCUCUCUCGCUCUCUCGCGCUCUCUCGAUCUGGUGGUGUGUGUGUGUGGUGGGGGGAUCUGGCUCAAGCUUGGUGAGGUUUUGGCCAGUGUUUGGGCUGAAGAGACUUGUCGGUUGUGGAAUCACAGUUGUGGGUUGGAGACGUUGAGGGGGUCUUGCUUGUCGUUGAGGUGGCUCAGAGCUGAGUGGCCAGCCAGUGCCUUUCCUCGAUCGCUUCAAGCUCCAGGGCACAGGGAAUAGCCCUUGGGCAUUAUACCAGGGGUGUGGCGUUGAGCCUCUAGCCUUGGGCGUCACAUAUAUCAGGUCACACUUGCACCCAUCAGGCCCGGGCGCUGCUCCCUGACUUAAGGGCAAGAUGGCAGAGGAAGAGGCCGUCGAUAUUGCCGUGCUGGUCCAAGAGGCCGAUGCUGAGGCGCUGGCGACAGAGGACCAACCGGACAUUGUCGUGCCUGUUGCCGUGGCAGAAGAAACAGAAGGCAACACGACUGAAACUGAUGGCAAUGCGACAACCGCGGCUGAUGCCUCGACUCCAGCCGCUGGAGCCGACGAGCUUGAGCAACAGCUGGCAGGCAUCGAGGUCAAUCUGUCCAAAGUCGCCUUUGACGAAGGCAGCACCUUUCGCAGCGCUGCUCGUCCCGCUGAUGCGCUGCCCGCUACUUACAAGAGCAACACCACUCACGAAAAGGAGACCCUGCAGUAUGCCCGUAACUUUCACCGCCAGUUUAGCAACCUCUAUGCUCAGCGACGACCCAUUGCCAUGAUCUUUGACAACGAGUGUGGUGUGCAGAAAUUCAUCAGCACUUUUAUCCGACCAACCCUCCUCCCCUAUCCACAACUUGCCACGCACGAUGGUAUUGGCAGUUUUGUAGCCGACUACGUGACCUUUGAACCUCUGGCCACUCCGACAAAGCCGCCGGCACAAUUGCAAUCGCCCAACACCACGCUGUGGCGUCAGCAUGGUACCAGUUUGGACAUGUCGCUUCUGCUGUGCUCCCUUUUGCAGGGUGCAGGCUAUGAUGCCUACGGCGUUCUCGGAUAUGCCACCAAGACUGUGGCCACAAACAGUCGCUUCCGCUUGGAGAAGCCCCUGCGCGCCCCCGAACAAAAGGUAGUGUUUGCCGCCUCAACCACGUGCUCCUUCUUUAUGCCAGCUUUGGAGAUCUUGCUUAUAUCCGCUGCUUCUUGCGUGCCUCAGGCCCCACCCAGCGACGAUGCCGUCAAAACAAACAAGUAUGCCUUGAACUUGAAUGAGAAGCUGCAAUCCAAGUAUGAGAAGGACAUGGCAGCGCGCCGAGCAGCCAAGGCCAAGGCCCAAGCAAAUGAGGCAACAAGCGCACCUUCGGCGGCGGAUGAAGAUCCAAUGAGCGAUGAGCUGUUUGGCAUGCGCCUUCACAGUUGGAUUCUCGUCUGUGCUGGUCCAAAGGACGUGGCCGAGGCUUUCUUCAUUGAACCUGUGACGGGCUCUGUCAUCUCGGUGUUGGAUCCCAACUAUUUGGGCAUUGAGUUUGUGUUCAACUCAACCAAUCUGUAUGUCAACAUGCAGCCGAAUCACGAAGGGUUGCAACACAUGAUGUAUGACCUGCAAGACAGCGCACAUUGGGAAUAUGUGUUUCCCACUCCCGAAGCCUCGCGCCUGCCGCGCGCCGAGGUGUUGCAGCGUGACCCAGAACUGAUGGAUGUUGAGUGUGCUCCAUCGUGGGUGGAACCUCUGGCACUGGAGCCGCGUGACUAUCAAACGCAAUGCCCACAAGGGAAGCGCAAGGUCCUCACCACGGACAGCGUCAUUGAGCUUUACGCCGAAUACCUCAACGAAAACGGCUUGGUUCGCAAGGUGACGGCGUACGAGAAUAGCAAGCUGGAACAGGUCAAGACGGUGACCAGCACCUUCAAGCAUCGCCAAGACCUGCUCCUGCGCCGAACCGAGACGCCAGCAGAGAGUUCGGCGGGUGCGACCAAAGCGGAUUUUUACCUGCCCGGGCAUCCCUACCAAGUGCGCGAGCACCGCCAGAAGCUUGGUGCAAAUCCCAUGCGUGAAGUGCGCUUUUACGUGGAAACGCGAGCAGAUGGUGCUUUGCGCCGCGUUGAAACUCGCGACGAGCUCCUGGAGAGCUACAAGUCGCGCUUUGAUCGCCUGGUUAUGCGUCAAAUCGUGUUUGAUGCGCCCCAAAACCGGCCUCUGAUUACGGCGGAUAGCAAGGUCGAGGCUGUGACCAAGCGGGUGGCCAUGAUCGUUGAACGCUAUGCGCGGGAUCCUGAUGUGGACGAACACGAUGACAUUGAGGAGGUGUCAUACACAGCCGAUGCCUUUCACAUUCGUUACUUUCGCAAAAAGUCGGAAAUGUCUACUGCGACCAUCGAACUGGAAAAACCACCGCUUGGACCCAAUCAGACGAUUCCGGCAGUGACGCGCGAGUUUGUUGAUCAAUAUCACCCGGGCAAGGAUCGUCCACGUCUCCGCAACUUUGAGAUUUAUGAGUUGCUGUCCAAGUGCUUGAAGAUGGAGCAAAAGUGUCGCCAGGAGAUUCGUGCCAACGUGGAGGAGACGGUUGCCAUGUUGAGCAUGAUGCGAGACCAUGAGGCCAAGAUCAAUUUGCAAGUGAGCUUCUACGACACAAUGCGCAAUGAGGCUGCACGACGCCAGCGCAUUGAGAAGGAGCAUCAUGCACAAGAGGAGCGCGAGCGCCAAGAGCGCCAAGCUGCCGAUUACCUUGCUCCCUUUUUACAACAGCUGGCAGAUCCGGCGAACUUGGACUCUACGUUGGCCGCCAAAGUGCGGGAUGCUUGUCUCAAAGACCUGACGGACCGGGCGGUGGAGCGGGCGCGCCUCAUUAAGAGUUGGACAGAGCGCGAGCAGCGGGCCCUGCAGGAGAAACAGGAGUGGUUCAAACAACAUCAGGCCUCGUUGAGCCGGGACCAGGAGGAGGAAUACGUCAACUUUUGCGCUGAAGCCAACUUUCGCAUUAAGAUCCUGGCUCAGCGCCUCAAAAACCACAAGGCAGCCGCGGCAGAACGCUAUGCGGCGCUGGAACGGCAACUGCGCAGCGACCCGCGCCUGGCACCGUUCCUUGACGAGGCUGUGCUCGCUUGAAUCAAGAACAGAACUUUGUCUUUGCCAGUGUUGUGUUCCUAAACUGUGCCCGUCACUUGUGGCCCCUGUUGAUGCGCGCACACGCGACGCGUCGACCCCUCACCUCUUUUUGCACCUAUGGGCGAAUUCGUCUGCUGCCGUGAUGAUCCCCCAAGAAUCAAUUGUAUGACGUUCUGAC